GGACACGGAUGAGCUAACAUACUAAAACCAAUGCAUCAAACCAAUGCACUGCUUGGAGUGUGAUGCGUCAGCAGUACAUUCACGUUUACAUUGAAGGACAAAAGGAAGAGCAAGCAUGUAAAGUCUAUGUCCCGGGUGCCGGCUACCAUGCCACAGAAAAAUAUUGGUGCCUGUCGCACGCGACAGCGGGAAGAGGAUUAACCAGGGGCUGGCAAGGUUAAAAAUAAAAGGAGGAAGCAAAGAAAGAUGCUGCUGUGGGGAGCCACUUUUCCCCUACCUCAGCGUUGGUCCACCAGCUCGAGCUGGACAGCUGUGCCGCUGACAAAGCUGAGAGCUCCAACUCUGCACUGAGCUUAGGGCACUGCAGCGCUAUACGGAUACUUCUCUGAUCGACACGACGUCACGGAGAGGGGGGAGAAACGCUCUCUCUUUUUUCUCUCAUUCCAGGGAGUGAGAGAGCGCGCUCGAAAGCAGGAGAGAGCGACGGAGAAAGAGGCAGACAGCGGGCAAUCUCUCUCCAGUGAAUGGGCUUUUUUAAAGAGCCGUCACUGGUCCCUCACCUGCAUCUUCCCUGGACUUGAGUCAUUCACUCCUUUAAGAAGAAACUAAAGGAUUAUUGGGAACUGCAUAGAAAAAAGCUCCAGCCGUUGUUGUGCGCGAGUGCGUACGGACAUGGAACACGGAGCUACUUAAGGAAAGAAAUGCGCUAAUGACCGCAGUGUCACAGUCUUUCAGCUGGACAAGGCAUUGACAAAUCAAGCGGACAAAACAUACCAGAUGACACGGACAUAAUAAACAUGUGUGAGCGUUCCUCUAUGGAGACACAGGCAUUUAGUGGCGGCGUCAAGCGGAGGUAUCCAAGGACAAGCAUCUGUGGAUAGUGCGGGAAGAGCUCUUCUAUAGGAGCAAAACUGGAAUGGUACUCUUGCCUAAAGCUCUAAGGCCCUGCAGAGCCACUACGCUUUUCUUCAGAUGGUUCUUUGUGGAUUUAUUAGGGGCCAUUUUGGCAUUCAUCUCUUGUUUUCUGACAAAUGAAUAAAGAGAAGGCUUUGCUUCUCCUGGGAAUAUAGGACUUUGAGGAAAAUAAUUAUCAGCAUCAAUUUUGAGAUUGCAAAAAUUGGACGUGUAAAACCUUUGAGGUAGGUGUCCAGACUUUCCAACCCUUUUUCUAUUUUAAAACACAUAAUCCCCCUUAUUAUUUUGUUCAUUAUCAACGGCUUUUCACUCCUCCCCCUUUACUGUAUUUGUUGCCACUGAACAUUUAGUCUCCAGUUCAGUAAAUGGAAAAACAAUCUAGAGUGUUGUUUAACCCAGGAUAGGGCUUCAUUAGUCAGGAGGUGAACCCCUCCCCUUCCCCCACUUACUACCCCCUUCUCCCCAACCACCAUCAUCACCCCACGCCCCCCCCAGACGAUGCUGAAUUAUGAAUGUGCCACAUCAUGAGUCUCCUGGGGCGGGUAGCUGUGCGUCGAGCCAGGAAAGCCGCCCUGCUCUGUGUCCUGUUCCUCAUGGUUCAAGUGUGCGUGGACGUGGCGGCCGCGGCAGGGUCCCAGGGCUGCCCGACUGAUUGCUCCUGCAACAACCAGCUCAGCAAGGUGGUGUGCACAAGGCGUGGGCUCACUCGUGUGCCACCGGGUAUCCCUACCAACACCCGGCACUUAAACCUGAUGGAGAACUCCAUUGAGUCCAUACAGGCUGACUCUUUUCGCAACCUCCAUCAUCUGGAGGUGUUGCAGUUGGGCCGCAAUGCUAUUAGACAAAUAGAAGUGGGUGCCUUCAGUGGACUGACAAAUCUCAACACACUGGAACUUUUUGAUAACAGGUUAACAGUGGUGCCAAGUGGAGCGUUUGAGUAUCUGUCUAAGCUGCGAGAGCUGUGGCUGAGAAAUAACCCUAUUGAAAGUAUUCCAUCUUACGCAUUCAACCGAGUGCCCUCCCUAAUGCGACUGGACCUGGGUGAACUGAGGAAACUGGAGUAUAUCUCUGAUGGGGCUUUUGAAGGUCUAAUCAACCUCAAGUACCUCAACCUGGGGAUGUGCAACAUUCGAGGUGAGAUGCCCAAUCUGAGCCCUCUGGUUGGGCUAGAGGAGCUGGAAAUCUCAGAGAACCUCUUUCCGGAGAUUAAACCGGGCUCAUUCAGAGGACUGACUUCACUCAAAAAGCUAUGGAUCAUGAACUCUCAAAUAGGGGUGAUUGAAAGAAAUGCAUUUGAUGACCUUUCUUCAUUGGUGGAGCUGAACCUGGCCCACAACAAUCUCAGUUCACUGCCCCAUAACCUUUAUUCCCCCCUAAAAUACCUAGUGGAGCUCCAUCUUCACCACAACCCGUGGAACUGCGGCUGUGACUCACUUUGGCUUGCACGUUGGCUACGUCAGUUCAUACCCACCAACUCGACGUGCUGUGGACGAUGUCACUCACCUGCACACAUGAGGGGCCGGCAGCUGGUUGAGCUGGACCGGGGUGACACGGGGGCAAUGCAGUGCUCCGCCCCUUUCAUCGCAGAUGCCCCAAGAGACCUGAACAUUUCCGCUGAACGUGUGGCAGAAAUGCGAUGCCGAACAGCAGCCAUGUCUGCUGUACGAUGGCUCCUACCAAACGGGACUAUUCUAACUCAUGCAUCGAGCCACCCACGGAUAAGCGUGCUAAAUGAUGGGACUUUAAACUUUUCAAAUGUGCUAGCAGGUGACACGGGCAUGUAUACCUGCAUGGUGUCCAACGCAGCUGGAAAUUCCAACGCUUCAGCCUACCUAAAUGUAAGUGCGGCUGAGCUGAACACAUCGAACCUCAGCUACUUUACUACAGUCACAGUGGAGGUGCUUAGACCCACAUCAGAAAUGCCCAAGACCAAAACCACCACAACCACAGCAGGCGCCAGCACCACCACCACGGCCUCGCCAUCAGUCUUUCAGCCGGUUUUCAUUUCUACGCCGACAGUCCUUCUCCAGAGUACCGACACACCACCAAGUCGCCCAUCUGCUGUACCUGGCUCGAAAGUGACAACAGGAAAGCCACCCAAGCCAGCCAGCACCAGUUUGGAUGAGGUGAUGAAGACAACAAAGAUUAUCAUUGGUUGUUUUGUGGCAGUCACCCUGCUUGCAGCAAUCAUGCUAAUUGUAUUUUAUAAACUGCGAAAACGGCAUCAGCAAAGGAGCACAGUGGCUGCAGCCAGAACUGUGGAAAUUAUUCCAGUGGAGGAAGAAUUGCCGCCACCAGCUUCUGCUGCCAAUAUAGCAGGAGAGGGGGCAUUGACUCUGCCAGAGAUAAGGGAUCAUAACAGUAUUUACAAACUGGACUACAACACCCACAAAUCUGACUACAGCUACAAACCAAAACCAGAUUACAGUACCCAUAAAACUAAACAGGAUUUCAGCAUCUACAAACCCAAGUCAGACUACAACACCUACAAGCCUAAGGCGGACUACAUGUACCAACCUACUCUGGAAUAUAGUUCUCACAAAUUAACAGACUAUUCACACAAGUCAUUGCCAGAUUACCACAUGCAUAAAAAACCUGAUCAGAGUCCCUACGAAGCAGGAUAUAAUACUCACAAACCUGAAUACAAAUCUCACACUCCAAAACCAGACUUCAGCCCAUUCAAACCAGACUACGGAGUUCCGAAAUCCAAAACUGACUACAGUAUGCCUAAACCCAGAACAGAUUACAGCCCCUUCAAGACAGACUGCAGCCUUUUCAAACCAGACUACGGUGCAUUUAAAGCAGAGUACAGCCCUCUCAAAGCGGAAUACGUAAGCAGCAAAUCGGACUUCAGCCCCCACAGGUCCAGAAUGGAUUACAGUCCUCAUAAAGUGGACUACAGCCCGCAUAAACUCGACUACAGCACCAUGAAGCCCAAAUACAACACUUACAAGCCACCAGGCCAUGGAGCCAGAUGGACAGAAAGUAACAGCAUUGGAAAUUCUCUGCCCCGAACCUUGCCCAGUGGCAUUACAGCUGCUCCAGAGGCUCUUGUCAUAAAAACUCACAACAAGGAAAAAGUACAAGAGACUCAGAUAUAGUCCGCCCCCCUCCCCCUCAACGAAUCACAACAUCAGCCAAAAUCUCCUCUCUUUCCCCAUUAUAAUGUUAUCCUUGCACCGUCAUGAAAACAUGCAAUAGAAUGCACAAAGAGAAAAAAGACAGGAACGACUUUUUUUGAACAGAGUGCAAACCCUACAGAGACUGUUUCUUGAUGUACAUGCUUCUAAAUAAAUAUAUAUGGAAAAACUGAAACUACCAUUGGCCUGUAAUAGAGAAGCAGAUUAUAUUAAAAAAAUAAACUGAAAUUAUUUUCUAACUUAUAAAUCCUAUUUAAAAGACGAGUUGUUUUAAGAUGCAGUACUGAAUUUAAGACAUGAGGGUAGUCUUGUUUAAAAAGGGCAUUCUGUGUGAUUUCUAAACAAUGCUACAGAGAAUGCAGAAAAAACACAAAAAAGAACAUUUAUACUGAGAAUUCUUUCUAAACAAAACAGAAAAAAGGUCAAUGUCGAUCUUUACAGGUUUAUCUUGUAAAAGCACCAUGAAUUUGUACUGUGCCAAACGUUACAAAUGCAAUAAAAAGGAUUUUUGGAAGAAAAGAACAAAAAAAGAAAGACCAAUUUAGAUUUUCCUUUUCCUUUCUCGUGAUGUACUGUUGCGAUCAGCCAAUUGCUUUAGACACUGCAGUAGGACUCACUGCAGUUCUGCUUUAACCCUCACAGUGCUGGGUGCCGGUCAAGUCUAAAAGGAAGGGCAGAUGCUGUUUUACCCCUUUUUCAUUUUCUUUUGUAUGGAUUCUAGUCUUGCAGUGGCUUAAUUUAUCUUACAUUAUAAUUGCGAAAGGACUAUUUUACGCCAGAGAAAGUGGGUUUAGAAAGGACACAUUUUACUGCCUUUACCAUAGAUUCUGCUACAACGUCGGUAAAAGAUAAAAAUAUGACUGCGGGGUUGCUGUUUGGACUAUUGCUGCUCACAGAAGGUUUAAAAAAAACAUUCAAAUUGUUUACCUGAGACGUCUGCACAAAAAGAUGGGCUGCUUUUGCUUUUGUGGACGGUCUAGUCAAAAGCUUUGGUUAUGUCAUUUGAAAAACACUUGGGGCAUCUCUUUCCUUUAAACUCAGUGACUGCUUAUAUGCGUUAUAUUAAAGUUUUUAUACUUUGGUCAAACAUUAGCAUAAGGUUAAAUGGGCAUUUUAUAAUAUGCUUUAUUUACAUACUUUAUAAUGCUUUUGUUAUAUUGCAGAUGUACAAACCAAAUGCUGUAUAAAUUAAAAUCAUAACAUGCACAAAUGAACGACAUCAUAAGAUGUGCGUCAUGACAUGUUGUACAGACUCGCAUGCUUUGGCUGCGACACAUGCAUUAGUGCAUUCCUCUGUGCAAACAGAAAAGCCAGCUUGAGUCUCCUCAGCAACGUAUUUUUACCCUGACUAAUUGUAAAGCCAAGAAAACAAAAGAUAUAAUACAAAAUAAAACAUUCGGCCCACAAAUUGAUGGCAUAUUAGUGGGUAAUAAAAUAUAAUCCAUGAUUGCAUUGCAAGGCAUAUUGCUUGAGUGGAUGGAGUCUGUAUGGUAGAUUAAAGCUUAUUACAUGAUAAUUGAUCUAGCUUUCACACACGCACACCUUUCACAUAAAAUUGGGACAUCUGGCCAUGGUGCGAUCGAGUCCCACGGUGCAUGCACACACAUACAGCGCACAACAGAAUGAUCCUUGCUUUAGGCUGUGCAGUGCCCCAGUUAAUACCAGUCUAACACUUUUUGAAUCUGUGCUUUAAAGCUGUAUUUCUGUAAACAGUGUCCGUCUUAUCAGUGGUUCUGGCUGUCUGACAAAGUAGGGGUGUGGGGUAAUCCGUACCACGGGCCUUGAUAUUGUGGCACAUUGUGAGUAAUUGUAUGGAACUGCAAAACAGCGAUGCAAACUGCAGCACACGAGCAUACUAACACAAAAACGACUCAAAUCUGGCAUUUAAUCAUCUGAACACGCAGCAAAUAAACAUGCAGGAAAGAUGGCCACAGACUGUCACUUAAAUAGAUGUUAAAGGUGAGGUGCAUAAUACCUGCAGCACUGGCGACACCCAAAGGAAUUGGAAAAACAAUGUCAAGUUCCAAACAGGUCAUCUCAUGCUAUUAAUGGGACAAACAGAACUGUCUUGGUUGAGUAAGAGGCAGACAUGUCAAAUGUCAAAUUUGCAAAUGUUUGCAAAAUGCUAUAAAGCACAAAUAAGCACAAUUUAGUUGGCUCUGUACACUAUUCUGGGUUAGAAGAAAGUUUUUUUCCGCAUUAAACAAUGAUGCACUUUAGCGUAUUAUCAGUUUUUUUUUUAUUAAGCAUCACAUUUAAAGAUUUCACAGCUUAUAACCCUCACCCUGGUGUCUUCACAAAAAAUGACACUGCUGUUGCCGGCAAAAACCGCAAUUACAGCCAGCGAGCCGCUGUUUAUGCAGUCGAAUAUCUAAGCUAUAAUUGCCAGUCUGGCUUUAAUGGCGCAUUGUAUAGGACUGAAGUAGAUCCCUGAGCAGGCAGCUUACAAAAGCGGAGAGAAAGAGAAUAAAAGACGAGGGUGCAUUCUGCCGAGGGGUUUGAGGACCCUUCAUGCUCUUCAGCUCAUUGGUGAGAUAAAAAGACCUGAAUUCACUGAUGUAGGCUGAAUUGUGGCUUCUCAGAGCCGGACGUUCACAAUAACAUAUCUGCACAAACACAAGAGGUUUGCUACAGAUGCUAUUAAGACAUGGAAGCAUGGUGGGUGUGUUGGAUUGAAGUGUUCUCGAUAUUUCAUUCACGAGCCAUGGUGCAAUGUUGCAUAACAGUUAAACAGGAAUAAAGUAAAUGAAAUAAGAAUGACUAAGAUAGGAGAGGAUUAAAAGAUGGGGAAUGUGCAUGACAGAGAUUUCAGAGGAAAUGCAUGAGGUUUGACUGCCAACUAGAGCUGAAGACAGGAAGGUUACGGCUGUGAAUGCCGGGCUGUACUAGUAGAGGUGUGAAAAGGGGGAGGGGCUAAUAUUAACCACAGAUGGAAUGUGGAAUGCAGGCAAGUGAUGGACUGCCUUUAUUGGCAGAUAAAGGCGAUAUUGAGUUUUCCCUUUGGUCAGCUCAAUGCAUUGUCUUGUUAGUAAAUAACGAGUAUUUUUAUGUAACACAUUUUUAAAUGUUUCGUUUGGACAGCGUGAUAUUUAUGUUCACUCCAAUUUUCAUUAACUUUGUGCGCAUCUAAUUUGCCUAAUAUAUUGUGUUUAUCUAUAUGGCCUGUUCACACCAAGAAUGAUAUCCAUAAAGAUAACUGUAUGGAGCAAGAAAAAAAUCCCUCUAAAUUUAAGAAUCCAUAUCAUAACUAUAACAAUAAUACUACAGAUCACGUUUAAAGGGAUAGUUGAGUCAAAA